AUGGGUACAAGUCCCACCAACCCACCAGGAUCCUUUUUAUCCCAGGCUUGUGAGAGGGAUCCCCAGUGUGGGAGCGGGACCUGCUGCGCCGUCAGCCUCUGGCUGCGGGGGCUGAGGAUGUGCACCCCCCUGGGACAGGAGGGGGACGAGUGUCACCCCUUCAGCCACAAGGUGCCUUUCUUUGGGAAACGCCAGCACCACACCUGCCCCUGCUCCCCCAGCUUCACCUGCUCCAGGUUCCUCGACGGCCGCUUCCGCUGCUCCCUCGACUUCAAGAACAUGGAUUUUUAGGCUGCUGCUCCCACCUCUCCAGCCCCCAGCACCCACUUCUCACCCUCUUCCAUGGCCUUUGGGUGCCCACGUAGCUCCAGGCAGCUUUAAAAGUGCUUUUCCAAGCUAGGCAGUGGUGUUAGAAGCUGUGUUGUAUGGGGAAACUGAGGCACGGGCAGGUCAAGCUGCUCCCACAUGCUCCAGGAGCUGGACCCAGCUCCAGCAUCCAAAACCAGCUUGAAGAAGACCUGAUUGACAUGACUUUCACACUUUCUGCUCAUGCAUUAGGAAAGACAAAACUCAGAGAGGCAGAAACUUCCAUUUUGGGGGGGAGUUUUAGCACUUUCCCUGCAAUUCCCACCCAACAAACCUUUUCUGUCCUGAUAAUUCCCAUCUUGGUGUUGCUCUGUUGGGUCUUAUCAACCUAUUUUUGGUCUCCAAGCUGGUGCUGGAUGGUCUAAUCGAGCUGGGAAUGCAAAGAAAUUGUUAUCAAGUAGAAUUAAGGAAUGUU